CUUGAGUGCCUUCCUCAGCUCCGCGCCACUUGGGGGAAAUACCGUGCGCUCUGUGGAAACUAAUGCUUUUUGGGUUCCCCCAGCCUUUCCUCGGACUCCGUGGAUGUGUGUGGGCCUGAGGAGGGCUCCAGGGUACGGGGGUAGGAGCUGCUCAAGUGGGCUCAUCUUUUAGGCUUCUUCCAAGCCGUGGUCGUGGUUGAUGGUGGCGCCUGGAGGGUCAUGCCCUGGGACUUGUGCGCUUUACCGUGCUCGGAGUUGGAGAUCCUCUCCCCUUUCCGCGCCCCCCGGCGGGGCAAGCUUGAGCCCGGUGCCGGGGGAAGCUGAAGAGCAGGCACCAUGAACCAACUGGACGCGCCGCGGCCACUCAACUGGACCAUCAGGAAGCUGUGCCACGCAGCCUUCCUGCCGUCCGUACGCCUACUCAAGGCACAGAAGUCCUGGAUAGAGAGAGCGUUCAGCAAGAGGGAAUGUGUUCACAUCAUCGUGAGCGCCAAAGACCACCAUAGGUGCUGUUGCGGCCGUUUGAUAGGCCAGCAUGUGGGUCUUCCUCCGGGCAUCUCAUCGAGUCAGAAUGAUAAGGCGGAACGGUUGGCCAAGAAUGGCGGUCAGUCUGAGAAGUGGUCCAUCAGCAAACACACCCAGCUCAGCCCCACCGACGCAUUCGGCACCAUCGAGUUCCAGGGCGGAGGACACUCCAACAAAGCUAUGUACGUCCGAGUGUCUUACGACACCAAGCCCGACCUGCUGCUGCACCUGAUGACCAAGGAGUGGCAGCUGGAACUGCCCAAGCUGCUCAUCUCCGUCCACGGCGGGCUGCAGAACUUUGAGCUGCAGCCAAAACUCAAGCAGGUGUUUGGCAAAGGGCUCAUCAAGGCCGCCAUGACAACCGGAGCCUGGAUCUUCACAGGAGGGGUGAACACAGGGGUCAUUCGCCAUGUUGGCGAUGCGCUCAAAGACCACGCCUCCAAGUCCAGGGGAAAGAUCUGCACUAUUGGCAUUGCUCCCUGGGGCAUCGUUGAAAACCAAGAGGAUCUUGUUGGGAAAGAUGUGGUGCGGCCGUACCAAACCAUGUCCAACCCCAUGAGCAAGUUGACCGUUCUCAACAGUCUGCACUCGCACUUCAUCCUGGCGGACAACGGCACCACGGGGAAGUACGGGGCCGAGGUCAAACUGCGACGGCAGUUAGAGAAACACAUCUCCUUGCAGAAGAUCAACACCCGUAUCGGUCAGGGUGUGCCAGUGGUGGCUCUCAUUGUGGAAGGAGGCCCCAAUGUGAUCUCCAUAGUGCUGGAGUACCUCAGGGACACGCCCCCAGUCCCUGUUGUGGUGUGUGAUGGCAGCGGGAGAGCAUCAGACAUCUUGGCGUUUGGUCACAAAUACUCCGAAGAGGGAGGCAUAAUUAAUGAGUCUCUGCGAGACCAGUUGCUGGUGACCAUCCAGAAAACGUUCACCUACAGCCGCAGCCAGGCUCAACAUCUGUUCAUCAUUCUCAUGGAGUGCAUGAAGAAGAAGGAGCUGAUAACGGUCUUUCGGAUGGGGUCAGAGGGUCACCAAGACAUCGACCUUGCCAUCCUCACCGCACUGCUUAAAGGUGCCAACGCUUCAGCUCCUGACCAGCUGAGUUUGGCUCUGGCCUGGAACCGAGUUGACAUCGCCCGCAGUCAGAUCUUCAUCUAUGGGCAGCAGUGGCCUGUCGGUUCCCUGGAGCAAGCUAUGCUGGACGCCUUGGUUCUGGACCGAGUGGACUUUGUCAAGCUGCUGAUUGAAAAUGGAGUCAGCAUGCACCGCUUCCUCACCUUGUCCAGGCUGGAGGAGCUCUACAACACGAGACACGGCCCGUCCAACACGCUCUACCACCUUGUCAGGGACGUCAAAAAGGGAAACCUGCCCCCAGACUACCGCAUCAGCCUCAUCGACAUCGGAUUGGUCAUUGAAUACCUCAUGGGCGGGGCUUAUCGUUGUAACUACACCAGGAAAAGAUUCAGGACUCUGUACCACAACCUUUUUGGACCAAAGAGGCCCAAAGCCUUGAAACUGCUGGGGAUGGAGGACGACAUGCCGAUCCGGAGGGGCCGCCAGAAAACCACGCGCAAGAGAGAGGAGGAGGUGGACAUCGAUCUGGACGACCCAGAAAUCAACCACUUCCCUUUCCCCUUCCACGAGCUGAUGGUGUGGGCCGUCCUGAUGAAGCGCCAGAAGAUGGCGCUGUUCUUCUGGCAGCACGGCGAAGAGGCCAUGGCCAAGGCCCUGGUGGCGUGCAAACUCUGCAAGGCCAUGGCCCACGAAGCGUCCGAGAAUGACAUGGUGGACGACAUCUCGCAGGAGCUCAACCACAACUCCAGAGAGUUUGGCCAGCUGGCAGUGGAACUUCUGGACCAGUCCUAUAAACAGGAUGAGCAGAUGGCCAUGAAGCUCCUGACUUAUGAGCUGAAGAACUGGAGCAACGCCACCUGCCUGCAGCUGGCGGUAGCGGCCAAACAUCGAGAUUUCAUCGCGCACACCUGCAGCCAAAUGCUGCUGACCGACAUGUGGAUGGGACGACUGCGGAUGCGCAAGAACUCAGGACUGAAGGUGAUCUUGGGUCUGCUCUUGCCGCCGUCCAUCCUGAGCCUGGAAUUCAAGAACAAGGACGAGAUGUCCUACAUGCCCCAGGAUCAGGAGGCCUACUUGCAGGAGAAGGAGGAGGAGGAGCCGGAGAAACCGGUCAAGGAGAAAGAGGAGGAAGACAUGGAGUUCACAGUAAGGUCUUACUGUGAGGCGCAGUACAACUCCGUGGCGAUGCUGGGAAAGGUAACCACGGAGACAUCCAGGAAGAAGGACGUGGAGGAGGUGCAGAGCCGCCACCGCCUGAUCCCCAUGGGACGCAAGAUUUACGAGUUUUACAACGCUCCCAUCGUCAAGUUCUGGUUCCAUACGAUGGCCUACGUGGGCUACCUGAUGUUGUUCAACUACAUUGUCCUGGUCAAGAUGGACCUGUGGCCCUCCACUCAGGAGUGGAUUGUCAUCGCGUACAUCUUCACCAACGGCAUUGAGAAGAUGAGAGAGAUCCUUAUGUCAGAGCCGGGAAAGUUGUUACAGAAGGUCAAGGUGUGGCUUCAGGAGUAUUGGAACGUCACAGACCUCAUGGCCAUCCUCAUAUUUUCUGUCGGCAUGGUUCUGCGUCUCCAGGAGCCUCCGCUCAUGAGCUAUGGACGAGUCAUCUAUUGCGUCAACAUCAUCUACUGGUACAUCCGGCUGCUCGACAUCUUUGGUGUCAACAAGUACCUGGGGCCCUAUGUCAUGAUGAUUGGCAAGAUGAUGAUCGACAUGAUGUACUUUGUCAUCAUCAUGUUGGUGGUGCUCAUGAGCUUCGGGGUGGCCCGGCAGGCCAUCCUCAACCCCAAUGAAGAUCCAUCUUGGAUGCUGGCAAGGAACAUCUUCUUCAUGCCUUACUGGAUGAUCUACGGAGAAGUCUUUGCGGACCAGAUUGAUCAUAUGCGUAUUAGGAAGUUACAGCAAAGGCUGAAUGAGAAAAUCUGGCUGGUCGAAAAUUACUUGCGAACGUACGGAACCUGGCGUAGUAACUGUCCAACCCACAGUGGCCAGUGCAGUCAGAAUCCCACGCCCUGCGGACAGAACAUCACCACAGAGGGCGGGGUGGUGGCUUUGCCUCCGUGCAAGACGGGCGCCUGGAUUGUCCCCGCCAUCAUGGCGUGUUACCUGCUGGUGGCCAACAUCCUGCUUGUCAACCUACUCAUUGCUGUGUUCAACAACACUUUCUUCGAGGUCAAGUCCAUCUCCAACCAGGUUUGGAAGUUCCAGCGGUACCAGCUCAUCAUGACCUUCCACGAGCGCCCGGUCCUUCCCCCGCCGCUCAUCAUCUUCAGUCACAUCACCAUGGUUCUCAAGCACCUGUGUUGUCGCUGGCGCAAGCACGACGACGACGAGCGGGACUACGGACUCAAGCUUUUCAUCACGGAGGACGAGCUGAAGAAAGUCCACGACUUUGAGGAGCAGUGCAUCGAGGAGUAUUUCCGGGAGAAAGAUGACCGAUUCCACUCUUCUAACGACGAGAGGAUCCGAGUUACUUCUGAAAGGGUGGAGAACAUGGCCAUGCGUCUUGAGGAGGUCAACGAAAGAGAACACUUCAUGAAGGCCUCGCUGCAGACGGUCGACAUCCGCCUGGCGCAAAUGGAGGAGCUGAUCGGACGAAUCGCCGUGGCCUUGGAGCGCGUGACGGGCGUCGAGCGUGGGGAAGUCAACAAAGUCCGAUCCCGCACGUCGUCCGACUGCACGGACUCGGCGUACAUCCUGCGCCAAGGGGACUGUGCGGACGCCGCCUACAUCCUCCGGCAGAGCAGCUUCAACAGCACCGAGGGGAACGCGUACCGUUUGCAGGAGGCCCUCGAAGGCACCGCCGAAGGCUCCAUGUCCCCGCCAUCCCCCACCGGCACGGCGGCGCGGAGGAGGAGUCAUUCGUUUUACGGCGCAGGCGGCCGAGGAGGCGAACGCUCCAGUGGUGCCGAACGAGCCGAUAGCUUCUUCAAAGAACGCUCGCUUAGUCUACAUCGAGCCAACAGCUCACAGUCCGUGUCAUCGGCGGCCGCCACCAAAGAGUCUAAGCCCCUCCCUCUGGCGACAUUGUCCGUCUCCCAGCAGCACCGCCCGUCGUCGUGUAUCGAUAUUUACGUGUCCACGUCUGAAGAGGUGGGGCCCGCGGAGGUUUUUCUCGAUCCUCUACGCAUGGUCCCGCCGCUCCAAAGAGAGGCGUCGUUGCAUUCCGACGCCAUGGAGACGGUGCUGCCGGGAGGCCGGGACUUCAGCAGCGCCGCCGCCGGCGGUUUGGGUGACAGGCACUCGGAGGGUGGCCCGGCCGUCUGCGGCACCGCCGGGGCCAUGUUUGACGACAGCGCGGCGGCGGAUUUGUCGAUGUGCUCGUCCCACCUGCUGCCGGACGCCGCCCUGGCCCCUUGGGAGACGGAAUCGUCGUCGCCGCCGCCGUCCGCGGGGCCACUGGAGCGCUCCAAGAGCAGCCGCCUCCUCUCCGCGGUGGGCACGUCUUUCCUGGAGGAGCCUCCUUUGGUCAAGUCACACAGCCUCGUGUUCACGCCCAGAGGCUGCUACGGCGGACUGGGGGCGGGCGUCCAGGUGAAGGCGGCGGAGUACACCAGCAUCACCGACUGCAUCGACACCCGCUGCGUGUCGUCGCCGUACACCCCCGUAGAACGCUCCCACUCCCCAGGGGGGUCCACGUCAUUCCCCUUCGACAAACCCUCGGAUAUUAUCUCCUCCCACCCCGAGAGAGAGGCUGAGCUCAGUCACACCGAGUCCGACCCGGAGGACCCCGAGGAGUCCGACGCCCCCCGCCGGGGAACCCUCUGCUCCCCCUACUCCAGGCUGGAGCGGGCCAACAGCUGCUCUUCGGACGACUCCCAUCCUUCGCUCACGCCGGCCCCUCCGCACCGGAAGAGCCUGUCGGUGAGUGAGAGGAUGGAGAGGGGACCGGCUGGUCUGGGGGCAGACAGGGGGGUUGGCCCUGGUGGGCGGGGUCUGGCGGGAACCAGAAACCCCUUCCUCCGGAGCAAAACCGGGGCGCGACCCGACGCAGGGAAGACUGACAGCCUCUCCAUGAGGAAGCUGGCGGCUCCGUCGGCGUUUCGCAGCUUUGAUAGACAAAACUACACGUGACAACACACACACACACACACACACACACACACACACACACACACACACACACACACACUGCAAGAACCAGAGAAGAGGAGUGCAAAGGGAAAGGGGUGUUGGGGGGGAUCUCUGCCCCUUAUAUCUCAAUCUGAACCAGGUGCUGGAGCUCGUGAGCGACUCCCUCCUGCACACCUGCCAAAAACCAAACAAAGAGCUACGAAUCUCGUUCCCGAUUCAAUCCCUUCUUCUCACGGAACUCCUUCGCUCCCUUUCCAUCAAAGCUGCGUCCGAUCUGUAGGUCUUCCACCCUCCAUCUUGAAACGUGUCCUUGUCUCGCCCGGGCAAGAAAGAAAACGAACGUAAGACGAAGACCCGGAGGUCCGUUUGACGGUAGACUGAAAAACAAUGUGAAACGGAGCGACGUACAGUAGGGGAGGGAUUCAUACGGCCCUCGUUCUUGGGUUUAUCUCGCGUGAGGGGACUUUGCAAUGCAGUCUGCCGAAAAUGAUGGAAAAGCGCCACUCUACAUGGCCUAUGCCAGAAAACACCAUUUUACUUUUUUUUUUUUAAUCGUCACGUUUCAUGUGUCAGGUAAACCGUGACCGAUUAGGCCGUAUGGAUCUCCUUCCUACUGUAACUGCUUUAUUGUCCAAUCCUGAUGCACUAUGUAGUUGGCAUGGCAACCCCCUAACUGUCCAUCCCUGUUAUCCCCUCUAGGCACUGAUCAGCAUCCGUUUAACAAGGCAAUUAUGUCAACCGCUCCGUCGUCCUUGACGAAUCUACGAAUCUCCGGUUGAAGCGCUCCGCAGUCAAAAGGUGACAACUUUACGGCGCGUAAUGUGUCGAAUCAGCAAUAUGUGUGUCACAUGGCCGCGUGAUAAGAGCGGAAAAACCAGACAUCGAAGCUGGGAAGUGGAAGACGACGUAAACGUAUUCAGUCACCAAAGAAUAAUUGUUGUUUCUUGUUCUGGCUACUUAACAUUCAAGUUUUACCUUCACUUUCUUUUAUGGAUCUGUGGUCAAAUUCUCAUCCGUUUGCUUUCAUUCAAGCAUGCAAAGUCAAAUUAGUCGUCCUUUGCACGAUUAUGAAGCAUAUUAUUUGUGGCCUAAAUUAAGUAUUUUAAAGCAAAAAGCAAUGUCUGUACCAGGGGUGUCCAAAGUGCGGUACAUUUUAAAAAUACUAAUAAAAAAACAAAAACCUAUACAAGUGUAGUAAAAGAUAAUACAGAAAUGUAACAGGAAAAUGUUGCAAUGUUGGCACUAAUAACACAAAGCUCCUUUCUUUCUUUAAUACUGCCGUUGUUCAAAAAAUAAUAAUGAAUCAAAAUCAAUGUUGUUAUGAAUUGUUGACCGAUUAAGAGCUAAAAACAUAUAAUUGACCAAGUUGAUCGAAAUACUUGGGUGAUAAAACAAAACAAAAACAAAAAAUUUGACUUUUUUUCAACACUUUUAAUCAGUGGGACCCUCUUGGGUCCCCAAUAAUUUUAGCGUUUUUUAAAAAAAUUUAUUUUAACUGUCACUGCUAAAAAAAAAAAAAAAAAAGAAUUAAAAUCAAUGUGGGGCGGCAUAGCUCGGUUGGUAGAGCGGCCGUGCCAGCGACUUGGGGGUUGCAGGUUCGAUUCCCGCUUCUGCCAUCCGAGUCCCUGCCGUUUUGUCCUUGGGCAAGACACUUUACGCACCUGCUCCCAGUGCCACCCACACUGUUUUAAAUUUAACUUAGAUAUUGGGUUUCACUAUGUAAAGCGCUUUGAGUCACUAGAGAAAAGCGCUACAUAAAUAUAAUUCACUAAAUCACAAUGUUGUUAUGAAUUGUUGACCUAUUUAGAGCUAAAAAAUGAUAAUCAACGGAUAGAUCUGAAGUUGAUCGCAAUAUUUAGGUGAUAAAAGUAAAAAAAAAAAAAAGUAUGACUUAUUUUUAACACAUUUAAUGAGUGGGACCCUUUUGGGGCCCCAAGAAUUUUAGUGUUUGUUUUAAUUUUUAUUUUAACUGUAAAUGCUCAAAAAAAUAUAGAAUUCACUUCACUUCAUUUCACCCUUUUGGGUCCCCAAGACCUAUUUAGGGCUACAAUUACUUCACAUGAAAAAUUCCACUUGGAAUUUUUUGGGGGGGGAAAUUUUAACAUAUUUUCUGUGUUAACCAUACAGUAUAAAAAAAAACAUUUUUCUUUGACAAAUAAGGCAUAAAACAAAUAAACGAAAAUGUAAAAAUAUAAUAAAAACUUUUAAUCAACGGAUAGCUCUAAAGUUGAUUGAGAUACUUAAGUCAUUUAAGUUAAAAAAAAUAAAUAAAAGUACUUAUUUUUGACACUUUUAAUCAGUGGGACCUUUUUUGGUCCCCAUUAAUUUUAGCGUUUUUUUAUUUUUAUUUUAACUGUCACUGCUAAAAAAAAAAAAAAAAAAAGAAUUAAAAUCAAUGUUGUUGUGAAUCGUUGACCUAUUUAGAGCUAAAAACUUAUAAUCGACGGAUGGAUCUGAAGUUGAUCACGAUAUUUAGGUAAUAAAAGUAAAAAAUAAAAUAAAAAAAGUUAUGACUUAUUUUUAACACUUUUAAUGAGUGGGACCCUUUUGGAGCCCCAAGAAUUUUAGUGUUUGUUUUAAUUUUUAUUUUAACUGUAAUUGCUCAAAAAAAUAUAUAAUGAAUGGGACCCUUUUGGGUCCCCAAGAUCUAUUUAGGGCUAGAAUUACUUCACAUGAAAUAUUCCACUUAGAUUAUUUUUUUUCUGGGGAAAUUAUUGCAUAUUUUGUGUGUUAACCAUACAGUAUAAAAAAAACGUUGUUCUUUGACGAAUAGGGCAUAAAACUAAUAAAUGAAAAUGUGAAACUAUAAUAAGAACUUAUAAUUGACGAAUAGGUCUGAAGUUGAUUGAGAUACUUAGGUCAUUUAAGUAAAAAUAAAAUAAAAAAUAUUUUAGACACUUUUAAUCAGUGGGACCUUUUUGGGUCCCCAAUAAUUUUAGUGUUUUUAAAUUUCUAUUUUAACUGUCACUGCUAAAAAAAAAAAUAAUGAAUUAAAAUCAAUGUUGUUAUGAAUCCUUGACCUAUUUAGAGCUAAAAACUUAUAAUAUAGUUGAUCACGAUAUUUAAUCAGUGGGACCUUUUUGGGUCCCCAAUAAUUUUAUUUUAUUUUUUAAAUGAUUUUAACUGUCAUUACUCAAAAAAUAAUAAUAAGGCAAAAUCAAUGUUGUUAUGAAUUAUUGACCUCUUCAAGGCUCCAAUUAUUUCACAUCAAAUAUUCCAUUUAGAUUUUUUUUUCUGUGGAAAUUAUUGCAACAUUUGUGUUUUCUAUAUAGUAUAAAAACACAAUUUGUUGACAAAAGGGCAUAAAACCAACAAAUGAAAUGUGAAAAUAUAAUGAAAACAUACAAUCGAUGUAUGGAUCUGAACUUGAUUGAGAUACUCGGGAGAUAAAAGUUUUUUUGUUUGUUUUUUUUUAAGUCUUAUUUUUAACAGUUUUAAUCAGUUUUUGGGUACCCAAUAAUUUUAGUUUAAAAAAAAUAAAUUAUUUAAACCGUCAUUGCUCAAAUAAUAAUCAAUGUUGUCAUGAAUUAUUGACCUAUUCAAGGCUUCAAAUAUUCCACUUAGUUUUUUGUUUUUUUUUCAGGGGAAAUUAUUGAAUAUUUUGUGUUUUGCCAUAAAAGCAGGGAAUACAACAAGUAAAUAAAUAAAAACUAAUAAUCAACAGAUACAUCUUAAGUUGAUCUACAUACUUAA